AUGUCGACCUUGUGUCUGAAGGUUCUUCCUGAACUUACCUGUGCCAAAAUGUCUCAGCAAGCCAUUACCGACAUUGAAGUGUCCCUUAAUCAGGCAGACGAACAGCAGCUGCAAGGUCAAGGCUUUCACAGAAUUAAUGAAGAUCUGAACCAAGGAUGCUGGGGAUAUCCUGUGUACAUCUGGUACAAAAGGCAGCCUGGUGUGGACCCCAUCACCAGGAUUCAGAUCAGCUUUGUGAAUAAGAUGAAUGCUGGGCUGACUGAUGCAGGGUACCAGAAGCUCGACAAAAACCUGAUUCCUGGUUCCCCCGUUUACCUCUGGUACUUCAAAGGCCAGACAGAGUAUGACACACCCAUCGUCAAUCUGGAAGUGUCCACUCAGGCCAAUGAUGAUGCUUUAAAGAUGAAACUCGGCUUGGAGAGAGUCGGGUACAACCUGAAUAGAUCCAGACAGUGGAUGCAGCUUUGGAUGAAGAGAGAGAAGCCAACUUACAUCUGUGACGUCACUGCCACCAACUCCUUUGGCUCAGAUGCAGAUCUUUUUGGGAAGGGCUACAUCCGCAUUGAUGAUACGACCAAUACAAUGUGGUGGGGGGGGAUUACCUCCAACUUCCUGUGGUAUCGUCAGACCACUGAUAAAAAUAAGGCCUUGACAAAUCUGCAGAUCUCCAACAACACAAAUCAGAACCAGCAGUGGCAGCAGCAGGGAUACAAAUUAGUGAACGUGAACCUGAACGAGGGAACGGGAGGAAACGCAGUCUACCUGUGGUACAAGAAAGUGAAGGGAGAAAACCCAGUGAAAACCUUGCUGCUCCUUUCUCAACUGUAUGGUCUUACACCCUUCGAGAAGAUUGGAGCCACCAUCAUCCAAGAAGGCGUCAACCCCAGCUACAAUGGCCCUCAGCGUUACCUGUGUUAUUAUAACCAAUGA